UGUCGGUGACGCGCGAGUAGGAAGAGGUGAUUCCUGGAGUAGAGAUGGCUGCUCUUGCACCCCUGCCCCCGCUCCCCCCCCAAUUUAAGAGCAUACAGCAUCAUCUGAGGACCGCUCAGGAGCAUGACAAGCGGGACCCUGUGGUGGCCUAUUACUGUCGUUUAUAUGCUAUGCAAACUGGAAUGAAGAUUGAUAGUAAAACUCCUGAAUGUCGUAAAUUUUUAUCAAAGUUAAUGGAUCAAUUAGAAGCCCUUAAGAAACAGUUGGGUGAUAAUGAAGCUAUUACUCAAGAAAUAGUUGGUUGUGCUCAUUUGGAGAAUUAUGCUUUGAAAAUGUUUUUGUAUGCAGACAAUGAAGAUCGGGCUGGGCGAUUUCACAAAAACAUGAUCAAGUCCUUCUAUACUGCAAGCCUUUUAAUAGAUGUCAUAACCGUAUUUGGAGAACUCACUGAUGAAAAUGUGAAACACAGAAAAUAUGCAAGGUGGAAGGCAACGUAUAUCCAUAAUUGUUUAAAGAAUGGAGAGACUCCUCAAGCGGGCCCUGUUGGAAUUGAAGAAGAUAAUGAUGUUGAGGAAAAUGAAGAUGCUGGAUCAUCCUCCCUGCCCACACAGCCGUCUCAGCCAUCAUCAUCAUCAUCUUAUGACCCAUCAUCCAGCAUGCCUUCAGGCGGCUAUACUGGAAUACAGAUUCCUCCAGGUGCACACGCUCCAGCAAAUACUCCAGCAGAAGUGCCUCACAGCACAGGUGUAACGAGUAAUACUAUCCAACCUACUCCACAGACUAUUCCAGCCAUUGAUCCUGCACUGUUUAGUACAAUUUCCCAGGGGGACGUCCGUCUAACUCCAGAGGACUUUGCUAGAGCUCAGAAAUACUGCAAAUAUGCUGGCAGUGCUUUGCAGUAUGAAGAUGUAAGCACUGCUGUACAGAAUCUCCAGAAGGCUCUCAAGUUACUGACUACAGGCAGAGAAUGAAGCCUUUGUAUGACAGAUCUGUGUAUUUUUGGCAUAAGGAACUACCAGUCCAUUACUUUAUCUUCAGCCUAUCAGGAGCACACUUUUAAGAAAGACUUCAAUUCCAUUUAAAAUGACAGUGAAAUCUGUGUGUGUCUAAUUCCUAUUGAAGCACUCAGCAACAGCCUCUGCCAGUUUUCAUUUAUUCCAGUAAACAAGUCUUGAGUUCCUAGGGUCAGUGUUAUCAAUGUCCCCAAAAUGCCCAUUGAACUGGUUCAUCCUUCCAAAAAUGAAAACAUACUUUGUAAAAUUUUAUUGGGAAUAAGUUUUUCUAAUUUACUUACAUUAAGGGUAUUUUUUUAAGUCUAUACUUGGACACACAAACCAUAUUUCUUUGCUAUAAAAUUCUAAAUUUAACUUAAAUUAAAAAUAUUUCUAGAUUAGAGAUUGUUUUUGUUCUCUUCAAGGUUAAUAAAACAAAUAUGAACAUCUAAAAAUAUUAGAUGAGUCCAAGAGAUUAUAUUAAAAACUCAAUUAUUUUCAUGUUAGAUAUAAAUACGUUAAAAAUUUAAGACUUCAUGGAAGGAAAUGUAAGUUUGAAAAGUAGAAUGACUUUUAAAGAAUAAAAUUGGUUUCCCAAAUGCUUCCUCUGAUGCAUUGAAGUGUAAGGUGAAUUGGUGUUUGUUUCUUAGGCAGUUUGACUGCAUGUAUUAAAAAAUGGGGCGGGGGGGAAAUGUAGCCUGGAAACUUGGUGCUUUAAAUUAAGGUUCUCUGCUGUUGUGGGAUGGAAUCCACAGAGUGUAUGGAUGGAAUGAUGCAGAAAAUUAUAGGACUUUAGGUUCUUGGUUUUAAGUUGAUAAUUUUGUGAGGAAUUAUGGACUUACUAUGUCACCUCCUACAUUUGUGCUAUGAAAAAAAUAAAUACAAGGAUUCUUUUAACUAGUUCAACUUAUUACAAAGCCAAAUGUCUGUUUUGAUUUGUGUGGUAGAUUCGUUUUUUGGUUUUUUUUUUUAAGUAUUUAUAUUUAGAUACAGGAAUAUAGAUGUUUCUUUAGUAAGAAAAAAAAAAUUUUUAAUGAAUUUGACAAAUUUACCAGAAAUUUAUCUGGUCAAUUUCAUUUAUGCUACUUGGAUCGUAAUCUUUUAACUUAGGGGUCAGCAAGCUGUGGCCCCUGGGCUAUUCACAUUGUUGUGUUAAGAAUUUAUUGCAAUAAAACCAUCCUUAUUCAUUUUUUUGAUCUGUGGUUGCUCACCACAACUACAGAGUUUGGAGCCUGCAAACCUAAAAUGUUUACUGUCUAGCCCCUUAAGAAAAGGUUUGCCAACAUCUAAUCUAACUGCCCAUUUGAAAGAAAAUAAAUCACUAACUCAUAAUUAUCUGUCGGCUUUUUCCUGCGUAAAUGUGAUGCUUGCCUUUGUACAGGGUUGGUAGAAUAAAUAUUCAAACUUAAUGAACUAUUCUAAAUAAUCACCAAAAAAAGUUCCCAAAAAAACUUACCUCUGGAAAAACGUUCUCGGAUUUUUCAUAAGAUAUGUAGACAUUUGUAGUCUUAAGCAUUUGCAUCUGGAAAUCCAGUACUCUAAUAUUAGUUGUGUAGGAUACCAUUGCAAUUAAAAACUGGUCAGGGUGACCUUUUUAAAAGAUAUAAACACAUUUUAAUUCAAACCUUAACAAGUCUGCACUCUACAAGGUCAAACUUGCCCCCUAUUUGACACCCUUGUUGGUUCCCAGUGGGGAGAGCACAUGGAGAGGAGGAGACAUCAUGGAAAGCAUGAAGUCCACUGAGUAGCCAGAUCUUUGGUGCAGCAGAGUCCCUUUCUGUAAAAUGGAAAUGACACCAUUAGCCACCUCAGAGUUUUAUAAUAAUAAUACAUGAAGUGCUUAGCACCUGGUAGCAUUCCAUAAGUGUUUAUCAUUGUUCAUUUUAAUGCUAUAGUAAUGUAAUAUAAGUUAUUAAUAAUAAUUUAUUUCCUAAAUAUCUAGAAAUUUCACUUGUCUUUGUGGCCAAAGGCUUACAAAUGCUUUCUUGCAUGAGGAGACUGACUGUAAUGAUGUUUUCUAACUUUGUAUUUUUCUUUCUUCAUAUAAAAUCUGAUGAUAAAAUUAGGAUAUGUUUUCUGAUGUUAUACUAGAAUAAGCAAUUUUCAUUUGUUCAUUCAACAUGUAUGCACUGAGCAGCUCCUAUCUACCUAGUAUUGUUCCUUGCAAGAAAAAUAGCAGAAAACAAAACAAAAAAAUACAAUCUCUGCUUCAUAGACUUUAUACAUUCUAAUGGGGAGGAAAUGGACAUAUUCAAUAGAGGUAUACCAUAUAUAGUAUUUGACCAGUGGUUCUCAAAGGGUGAGUGUUAGGAAUAUAAUUCUCAGGCCCUGCCUAGUCCUACCCAAUCAGAAAUUUUCAGGAUAGGACCCAGCUUUUUGAGUUUUCAGAUACUUUAGCUAAUUCCUAAAGUCUGAUCGUCCCUAAUGUUUGAGGGGGUUACCUCUUCCCAAAUCAAGAAGAUUGGGAAGCUGGGAGGAGAGAUUCCCCAGAGGAAGUAGUUCCCAGUGAUGUGGGAACUUGCUAGAAAGUUCUGAGGAUGACACUUUGGAAACUUCAUUAAUGGACAGUGAAAACUAGAGCAUAGACCUGGAAGGUAUGUCCUACAUCCCUAUUUCACAGGUGAAUAAAGUGAGCCACAGGUAGGAUAAUCAAUCUGCCUGAAGUUACACUGCUAAUAGUUAUUUCUAAGCUCAGACUGCCUAGUUCAGAUUAUUAAAAGUAUUCAUAUCCAUAUAAGUUAAUCACCAGUGAGGUGUUAUGAGUGAAUCCCACGUUAUCAGCAUUGUUGGCUGUUCCUUGUAUUUGUGGGGAGCAGAGCAGCUAGAUUUUUCCAUUGUUUGAGCACUAACUUCUAAUUAUGGAUGCUAGAUAGGGAACACAGAGUAUGAACUUCAAUAUAAUUGGACCCUUGAUGUUUGGAACAUACUGGAUUAUGGCCUGAAAUCAAAGGGACUUGAGUUCAGCAGAUAAAAAUCAGGACUUAAGUAACUGUUGCAGUAGAUCAAUGUAUAAUAUUGGAGAGGGUGUCCCACAUCACUAGGGAACCCUAAGUUUUUCAGAUGUGCUUUUGUGCUUUCUUCUUGUUUUUUAAAUAACAUUACUGCCUUUCCUAAUUAGAUAGCGUUCACCUUCAAAAGAUCUGAUUGGAAUAUGGACUUCAAUACAAAAUUAACAAUGAUGUUUGUUUUUAGUUAUUUCCUUGUUCAUCUCCCCCAAAAGAUGUUAAGCUCUUUAAUGGUAAGAGCUCUUUAUACAAAUAUAUAAAACCUGGUGCAUAAUAAGUAUCCCUAACUAAUGGAGUUAAUGGGUGAAUAGAUGAAAGAAUUGUACUGAAAUUAAAAUCUGGGCUGAAAAUGUAGCUUAAUGGAAGAGCUCUUGCCUAACAGACUCAAGCACCAGGUUUAAUCCCCAGUACUGAAAAAAACAUCAAAAUCAGUUGUCAAUCUGUUAUCCAAAAUAGCGACCAUCAGAAUAUUGGAAUAUUACAGUGUCAUGUCAUCUAACAAGUCUCAAUGAUGUCUAACUUACAUAGUUCUUUAUCUUUUGAAAUCAUGAAUUGUAAUAGUGAAUCAGAUGUGCUCAGAACAUUCUUAGAAUAUGUGCUUGUAACAUCCUAGACACUAUACGUCCUCUGCUGACAGCCUACAUAUUCUUAGUCAAUGUAACCUUAUGGCAAAAAAUAAUAAUGUAUCCCACCCAUUAAAAUUAUUUAACAAGUACAAUUUUGUGUGAUAAAAGAAAAAAUAUCCAUACC